AGCGGCAGCAGCGGCGGCGGUGUCAUCAUGUCUGGUCGGGGCAAGGGCGGCAAGGGGCUCGGCAAGGGCGGCGCCAAGCGCCACCGCAAGGUGCUGCGCGACAACAUCCAGGGCAUCACCAAGCCGGCCAUCCGCCGCCUGGCUCGGCGCGGCGGCGUCAAGCGCAUCUCGGGGCUCAUCUACGAGGAGACGCGCGGGGUGCUCAAGGUAUUCCUGGAGAACGUGAUCCGCGACGCCGUCACCUACACGGAGCACGCCAAGAGAAAGACGGUCACGGCCAUGGACGUGGUCUACGCCCUCAAGCGCCAGGGCCGCACUCUGUACGGCUUCGGCGGCUAAAGCUUUGCGCUCCUGCCAGACCAUCGCGACAGAGACCCAAAGGCUCUUUUAAGAGCCGCCCACUUAAUCUAAAAAAGAGCUGUGUUGCUUUAAGGUGAAAUCCUAAUUCUUUUGGAACUUAAGGGCUCAAAAUUAUUCUUUACUUGACACAAAAGUGUUACAAAAAAGUUACACGUUAACUAUUCUCUAACUAAUAGUAGUCACAGUUGUUAGAACGCUGAAGACCGUUUUAGCUAAGAUUACGGAAUCUUAAAACGAUGAUUUUUAAGUACUCUUAUGUUUAGGACUGUGUAUUUGCUAUCUUAACUAAAAAGUUAUCAAAGCAACCUAAAUAUAGUCUGCUGUUUAGCGCUGACGCCUUAAAGGCACGCGUGUAUAUCCCUGCGGUCACCUCAUCUGUGGGGGGAUUUUCCCUAUCAUUGUGUAAGCAGUAGGAGCGUACACGUACUUACAUU